AUGAAGUUUGUGCGUUCCGUCAUUCUUUCCAUACUGUUCACAUUGGCCAGCGCUUCCUUCAAAGAUUCUGCACAGCUAAAGAUCACCUCGGCCAAAUCGAGUCCAAGAUGGGCCGAAUGCGGCAAAAGCUGUGUUGGGCGAAUGCAACUUGUUGAUGUCACUUUGAACAAUACAGGAACUUCUGUCUGGAUAACCUCAGAUGACAGCCUUCAGGUCAGGAUCGAAUCAGACAAGCUCCAUACGAUUCAACCGGCAACUGUGAAGCGGCUUCGACCUGGUGAUUCUGCAAUUGUAGAGAUCGGUGUUCAAAAUACAGCUGGUGUCGCCCAGGGCUCGACAGGACCAGCUACGGCCGUCGCUCAAUGGAGCAAUAAUAAUGCAUCUGUGGCGCUAACUUUUAAUGCCACCUAUGGUCUGCCAUCAUAUUCACCAAAUCCAGAAUCAGUGAACGCCCACGAGUCUCCAGAUUGGUUCAAGGGUGCCAAGUAUGGAAUAUUCAUUCACUGGGGAGUCUACUCUGUCCCUGCAUAUGGGAAUACGGGCAAGAACGAAAGUUAUGCCGAAUGGUACUGGGAUCACCAGAUUAACCCCGAGGACCCAACUAUGACAUACCAAUAUCAUCUAGAAAAGUAUGGCGCCGAUGUCGUGUACGAUGACUUCAUUGCCAACUUUACCGUGUCAAACUGGGACCCGAAGGAAUGGGUUGAUCUGAUCAACGAUGCUGGAGCGCGCUAUUUUGUGCCCACGACCAAGCACCAUGAGGGCUUUGCGCUUUUUGACAUGCCAUCCAACGUGUCCGAGCGAAAUUCUAUUAAACAAGUGCCACAUCGUGAUCUUAUCAAGGAACUUUUUGACGCGGCCAAGAAGUACCAGCCCCAACUACACCGAGGCACCUAUUUCAGCCUGCCAGAAUGGUUCAACCCGGCGUACUCAAAGUACGCUAAUGGACAGUUUGGCGUGGGCCCUCCGAGAAAUCCCUACACAAACAAGACGGUGCCGUACACCGGGUUUGUUGAAGUAGACGACUUUCUCACCGAUAUUCAACUUCCACAAAUGAAUAUACUUGCAUACGACUACGAUACUGACAUCAUGUGGUGUGAUAUCGGAGGCCCGUCUCUUUCGGAUGAUUUUGCGGCAUCAUGGUUGAACCAUGCCCUUCAACAGAACAGACAAGUAACCUUUAAUGACCGUUGUGGCUCUGUUAAUGGCGUCGCCAUUAAUGGUGAUUACGCGACACCUGAAUACGCCAGCACAACAUCGCUAUCCCCCCAGCACUGGGAGGCUUGCCGAGGCAUGGAUCCGUUUUCGUUCGGUUAUAACUACAUGACCCCAGACUCAGAUUAUCUCAAUGCAAGUUCAAUCGUGACUACGCUUGUCGAUAUUAUAUCGAAGAAUGGGAAUUUAUUGCUCGAUAUCGGACCAAAAGCCGAUGGAACAAUUGCCAGUAUUAUGCAGACAAAUCUUCGCGCUGCGGGCGAGUGGAUCAGAGCGCAUGGUGAGAGUAUCUUUGAUACCAAAUACUGGCCGAAUGGACCAGGCAGUGGCAAUUUUCGCUAUACCACGACCAAUGACGCAUUCUAUAUUCACUAUUUGGUGAAGCCAGGUGACUCUCUUACAGUACCUGAUGCAGUCCCGUAUCUUCCAGGCGACAAGGUUACGGUGGUUGGUGGCUCCGAGAAUGGAGUUGUGGUUGAUUCGAGACUUGUUGGCCAGAACCUAGUGCUGUCUAUCCCCGAGGACAUAUCCUCGGCAGACAAUUAUACGUGGACGUUUAAAAUUAGCUAUUAA